AUGGAGGUUUUAAGUCGUAUUUUGAAGAAAAUUGAGGUAGGUGGUUUCAUUCAGGGUUUUCAAGCGGGUCCUAUUAACUCUACUGGUAUCCGUGUUUCUCAUCUGUUAUUUACUGAUGAUACCAUUCUUUUCUGUGAUGCCUCUAGAGAGCAGAUUCUUUCUAUCAGACUGGUUUUGACUUGUUUUCAAGCCUUUACUGGUUUGAAGGUGAAUGUGGGGAAAAGGGUGAAGUUCGAGAUCUUAAAGAUAGAUAGGCUAUUAUGUAGGUUUGGCAGUCACAUUGGUACAUUGAAGCUGGAAUUCUCGAAGAAGAAGAAAGGAAAGUUACCAAGAGAAGCUAGGCAAACAUUGCUUGAGUGGUGGAGUGUUCACUAUAAAUGGCCAUAUCCAACGGAAGGUGAUAAGAUUGCACUGGCUGAAUCAACAGGCCUAGAUCAGAAGCAAAUUAACAACUGGUUUAUAAACCAACGAAAGCGGCAUUGGAAACCAUCAGAGAAUAUGCAAUUGGCUGUUAGGGAUAAUCUUUCAGGACCAUUCUUUGCAGAUGACUGAGGUGCAUAUGUACAUACUUGAGUGUCUCCUGAUAAUUUACUGGUUGUGUUGGUUUAAUGUAUAUUCUAAAAUGGAAACUGUUUAAUUUCCUAGAUGAAAGGAAAAAUAAUUGUAAAUUUGGAAGUUGACCAACACUGAUAAUGGAAAUGCCUACAUAUUUUUGGUUGA